AUGCCAUCCAACAUUCAAGUCUUCGUGAAAUGGAAGGACCAGACUAUAUUUGCAGGAGAGAAUGUGGAAUGUACUAUAACAUUCAAGAACGUGGCCGAUAAAGUUGCCGAUGCCAAUAAUGGGGGCGAAGGUGGUCAACAUUCACGGAAGAUCUCUCGAGUCGCGAACCACACACCGAACUCGAACACGGAAUCUUUCUUUGGAUUUAAAUCUCCCAAGACUCUCUUUUCUGGUCGCCGGUCAUAUUCUACCAGCUCGCAACGAAGGCCUAAUCACCGGGCAGCCUCAUCCCUGAGCUCUCCGCUGGUCGGCUCCCAUAGCUUUCCUCCGAACAACGGCCCCGCUACACCGCGAGCAUGGCAACCAGGUCACAACCAUAAACGAUCCGUUUCCAUUUUCUCCAUUGAUAGCGAAGGCCAACUCGAUCCGACACCUUCUCCACAUCAUUACAAUAGACAUCAGUCAGCCAACAGAGGUCAUGGGCGCUCGGCGAGUCUCCAGGUUCUGCCGCGCAGGAACACUAGCUAUGAGGAUUCUUACAAAAAAGCGAGAUCCCCCUCCCAUGCCUUUCCAUUUCCAUUGACCGAGGCUGCUAGUGAGCAUUUCAAUGGCAGCCUGAGAGUUGAUACCUCCCACUCGGAGCGAAUCAGCCGCUCUAACUCUCUAGCGACUAGUCCAAUAGGCUCAGUAGAGCCAUUACGUGCAUAUUCGCGACGGUUCCAACCACCGCCCCUCGAUUUCAAGUUUCCAGCGACGCCUUCGACCGAUUCUACUAAUACUCGCGCCGUGCGCACCCCAUCACCGAAGUCGGCGACUACGAAUGGUACAUCAUCAACCGGCGGAAGGCCCACCGUCAGAGACGCACAGGGUCUGACUGGGCCGUCGCACCAGCAACUAACCCGGAUUAUAUCAACCACAAGCGUGAAUGGGAGCAGCCGGAGCAGCGGGGAGUUCUACUCCGUCAGCGACCACUCUACCGAAACCCUUGGUUCCGAGUACACAAACUAUUCAGCGCAGGGUGCGCGAGCCCCCCCUUCCGUGCGGCACGUGCGGCAUCAUUCGAGUGUAGUUGCAUCUCCCGCCAAAGCCUCCAACAGCCAGGCGCUGCUGAUGGGCUAUGCCCAGGUCAAUGCAUCUUUUACGGUCGAUGGAUCAUUAGUUAACCAGUCAGCCUUCGACGAAGUCAAGCGAAAGGGAGUCGUUGGUGGCCAACCGGGUUCAGACGGACUUCCGGGCCGCCCAACGCCAGCAGCCGAGCGACCACGUAAAAACGGUGGGUUCUGGGGCGCUUUAAAAUGGAACACUAUUGAGGAAUCUAUCAAUGGCCUUCUUUCAAACAACGAAUUGGAUGGUCUACGAGAAAUGCGUGGUGUUACAUCGUCGAGAUCAAUUCCAUUGUUGUCCACCUCACAGUCACUGCUUUUCGUUGACCUCCGACUGGCACCAGGGGAGGAACAGUCAUAUUCCUUCUCAUUCUCCCUUCCCAAAGGACUUCCGGCGAGUCACAAAGGGAAAGCAAUCAAGAUCUCGUAUAAUUUGGUUAUUGGAACCCAGCGGCCUAGCGGGCCUAGCGAGCCCCAAAAGGUAAACCGCAUCAAUAUACCCUUCCGCGUUUUUAGCGGCGUGAAUGAGAAGGGAGACAUUCUUGGGCAUGACUUGAUGUCACCUUAUGUUCUUCUACGGGAUGAAGCGAAGGUGCAAAAGGUCGGGCCAGUUAUGCCUGAGAUAACGAAAAACCAAAAUAUUAACAAAUCUCACCAUUCCGCGGCUGAUUUCCUUGGGUUUGUGGAUGAAAUUUUGGAACAACGUGCACGUUCCAACACGUUGUUCCCACCUGGUGCAAUGCAGUCGAGACGACCUAGCGUGGAAGGAUUACCCCAGAUGCUUACUACCAAGGAUGUCAUCGACUUUGCUAUUCUUCGCAGCAAUCAGGCCGUGAACUCUCGCCGCAGCCCCAAUCGCUUUGAAAUUGCCCGCGAAGGUAAACGUAUCGCAGUGGUCGUCUUGAACCGACCAGUUCACCGACUUGGAGAGACCAUUAUUGCCACUAUGGAUUUUGGAGAUGCCUCAAUUCCAUGCUACGCUGUGCGAGCCUCGUUAGAGACUUCCGAAAAAGUCACCCCUACUUUGGCGAUCCGGUCCAAUGCCAGCAUCCACCGAACCACACGGCGCAUCCAUGCUUCUCUGUUCGAGAACACACUCCAUGCCACCCGAGUGGCUUUCAGCCCUGCUAUCCCCAUCGCAGCCACGCCUUCAAUCUUGACGAGCGGUGUGACUCUCGAAUGGGAAUUGCGGUUUGAGUUUGUGACAUCUAGUGUUCGAGGCGAGCAAGGGGCUCAACCCUCGGGCACUCGUUUACUUGAGGCCUUGUCCUUGGAUGAUCGCGGCACGGUGUUGUCUGCUAUAGAGCAUUUGAACUGUGAAUCAUUCGAGAUCGCUAUCCCACUGACGGUUUAUGGAGAGACUGUUCGAGAACGAAUGCCUGAGGAAAAUGAAGGCUACCCAAUCUAG